GGCGGGACAGCAGAGUCUGAGCUGCGGCGGCGAGAGUCAUGGCGGGACAAGCAUUUAGAAAGUUCCUUCCGCUCUUUGACAGAGUGUUGGUUGAAAGGAGUGCAGCUGGAACUGUAACCAAAGGUGGCAUUAUGCUUCCAGAAAAAUCUCAAGGAAAAGUAUUGCAAGCAACAGUAGUAGCUGUGGGAUCAGGCUCUAAAGGAAAGUGUGGAGAGAUCCAACCAGUUAGUGUGAAAGUUGGAGAUAAAGUUCUUCUCCCAGAAUAUGCAGGCACCAAAGUAGUUCUAGAUGACAAGGAUUAUUUCUUAUUUAGAGAUGGUGACAUUCUUGGCAGGUAUGUAGACUGAAAUCACCGUUGAAAUGGCACCAUAUGAAGCUGCCCAUUCCACUGAAAUUCUGAAAUGUCUCAUGUAAA